AUGUCGGGAAAGCUUGACCAGACCCUUGACGAGAUUCUCUCGACCCAGCGCCGCACUGCUGGACGUCGUCGGUCAACACGUCGUGAAUCCGGCCCUGCUAAGCCGGCACCCGCUGGCGGCAUCCAGAAGAGCACGAAGCCUGUCCGUGGCGCCGCCACUAAGGCCGUACCGAAGAAGGGGACUGGCGUUGUUGGCGAAAGCAAGAUUGUGGUCAGCAACCUGCCCAAGGAUGUGUCCGAGGCCCAGAUCAAGGAUUACUUCAACCAGGCUGUCGGCCAAGUCAAGAGAGUCGAGCUGUCCUAUGGCCCCGGUGGUGUUAGCCGCGGUAUUGCCACGGUCAUCUUCCACCAUGCCGAUGGCGCAAGCAAGGCCUUUACCGAACUGAACGGUCUUCUUAUCGACAACCGGCCUGUGAAGGUGGAGGUCGUGGUUGCAAAGGCGGAGCUCAUUCCGAAGCCGAAGCCGCUGGGCCAGCGCAUUUCGCAGCCCAAGCCGCAGCCAAAGUCUGCGGCAUCGGACAAGACUGCGGCAAAGAAUGCCACCAACGCGAAGGGCGGCGCAAAGAAGCCCGCACGCCGUGCUCGCAACAGCCGACCUGCGAAGAAGACCGCCGAGGAGCUCGAUUCGGAGAUGGCUGACUACUUCGACGGUGCGAGCGCAAAUGCCAACGGCGCCGCUCCUGCAGCAGCCAAUGGUGCAGCAGCUCCUGCUCCCGCUGCCAACGGCGACGCCCCAAUGGACGAUGAGAUUAUGUAA